GGUACCAUAGAAACACUUAAUGAGGAAAUCAACACAGAGAUGAAACAGAAUAUGCCGACAUAUAUAUAACAUCAACAACCAGUACAAGGCAAUUACAUAUUUAAAGGAAAACCUCCAAGAUGACGAUGUAAUAUUUCAUGUUGACUUUAGCGAGAAUUACAACUGUAAAUAUGAUAAAGAAAUACAAGCUGUUCAUUACGGAGCAUCGCAACGCCAGAUAAGCAUUCACACAGGAGUCGCAUACACCAAAACAGAAACGAUUCCGUUUGCCACACUCUCAGAUAACUUGGAACAUGGUCCUAGUGGAAUUUGGGCACACAUGGAACCUGUUAUUAAGUAUAUGAAUACUCGUCAUGAGUUUAAGACUUUACAUUUUGUAUCUGAUGGACCAACGCCUCAGUACAGAAGUAAGUUCAAUCUUUAUCUUUUUACCACACAAAUGUUUGAAACAGGAUAUUUGAAAGGAACAUGGAACUUCCUAGAGUCUAGUCAUGGAAAGGGGGCAGCAGAUGGUGUGGGCGCGGUGGUAAAACGAACUGCGGACAAACGUGUGGAAACAAACGGAUCUGAUAUAACUUGUGCCGAAGAUUUAGCUCACGAACUGAAAGACUUAAACGUAAAAGUAUUCAUAGUCAAAGGUGAAGAAAUUGAUAGAUUGGCAGAAAAGAUCCCAAAGGAUUUAAAAAGUAUUCAUGACAUCAUGAAAGUUCACCAGGUGUUGGUGAAUGAACCAGGAAAAUUGCGCUCCAGAGUAGUGUCCUGCUUCUGUAAAUACCCAGAUGAAUGCGACUGUUACAUGAAUGAGUCUGGUACAACAUGCUUUCUGACAGCAGAAAAACAUGUAAGUGUAGUGUUAUUUUCUGUUAUAUGGUAACUGCUCUCAAAAAUUCUCAAUCAAGUUAUAAUAAUUGUAUUGUAUUUGCCUUAACCCUGUCCGUCACAAUCCAAUGUGAUAGCAUUUACAUGUAUAUAGUUAAUGAUAUGUUAAUUGUCUUUCAGAUAAAUAGCAAGUCGUCAAAUGUCAAUAUUAAUACACCACCAGAAGCUGAAAGAAGUGGUCCGUCUGAUUCAGGGAGUGGUAAUCUAGACCAACAGGAACAGUCACUGCAGGUAAA